AUGUCGAGCUUGGAGACCGUUGAGGCCUUUGUCGAGGGCGCCCCCCCAGGCGAGCUUGCAGAUGUCAUCGCAGACAUCAAGUCCCUGACCCUAUCUGACCCAGGUCUGGUUACGAAGCUGGGCCCGGCCUUCGAGAAGUACAACGAGGAGCAAUUCGCAACCGUCAAGCUACCCGGUAGCAGCCAACCAGUCAUCAUCAGCUCACACUCCUCGCUGGGCGACGGGCGUUACUACGAUGUCGAGAGCUCGAGUAGCUUCAGUUUCGACCACACGACACAGAAGGCUAGCGGCGUGCAGAGCUACGCCCUGGAGGGCAGUCAAGCGGACUUGGUCAAGUCAACACUGAAGAGUCUUUCUACCUACGUCUCCGAGCACUACCCGAACGCUUCUUUUGGCGUGUACCCCAUUGAGAACGAUUCAAAGGUAGCGAUCAUCAUCGUCUCGAACAAAUACAGCCCGAGCAACUUCUGGAACGGACGCUGGCGCUCUCUCUAUAUCUUCGACCCGUCGUCGGGCAGCUUGGAAGGCAGCGUCAAAGUGGAUGUGCACUAUUACGAGGACGGUAACGUGCGGCUCUUGACCAGCAAGCCUCUAAAUGCGUCGGUUUCAUCAGGUACUGGUGCUGGCAUCGUCAAGGAGAUUGGUACUGGCGAGAAGAAGUACCAGGAUGAGUUGAACAGGGGCUUCACAAGCUUGAGCGAAGGCGCAUUCAAGAGUCUGAGGAGACAGUUACCCGUCACGAGACAAAAGAUUGAGUGGGAUAAGGUAGCUAGCUAUCGGGUGGGCCAAGACAUUGGCGGUGGUAGCUCCAGGAGGUAG